GCUUCGAAACAAAGGAAGAGACGUGAGCCGCAAAUAUUUAAAGGGAGAUCGGUUUAUUUGUGAAGCUCAGUGUUACCAACAACUUCUUGAAUUCAAGACGCCCAACGUGUGGUGUUCCUAGUUUCCUUAUUAGCACACCACCAUGAACGCAAAGAUGAUGAUGAUGCUAGUCCUGGCGACGGUUUUGAUUGGAUCGUCAUAUGGUGCGCCUCAGUUCUUCGGUCGUCCUUCAGGAUUCCGACGACCGGGAUUCGGUGGAGGAGGAUACGGUGGAGGAGGAUACGGUGGAGGGGGAUUCGGAAGACCUGGUUAUGGUGGAUUCGGAGGAGCUAACAGCGCAGGUUUCGGCAACGGAUACGUUCAGAAUAAUCAAGCAGUCGGAACAGGCACCGGUAUCGCUAACGCAGGGCCAGGUGGAUUUGGCAUUGGCCUCGGUGUCGGUGCAGCUGUUGCAUCUCCGAUCGGCAAUUUUGCGAUAGGAGACGGACAGAGUGUUUCUGUUGGAAAGUAAGUUGAAAUUGCUGGCAAACUCAACUCACUAAUUUACAAUUUUUGAAAACAUUGUUUUACAAAUAUCGAAUUCACUGUAAAAAAAAAAAUAAAAAAGCUCAGGCUUUGUCUCUCGAAUAACUGUGUACAAUAAUACAACUGUAAUUCUUCUUAA